AUGCGAUCAGUUGGGAUUCGGCUUUUUGGCAACAAGCUUGCUCGGGUUUCGUCGCGCCAGACGUUCCUGUCGAUCAGCUUGCAAAAAUUCCUUUCACGCGAUGCAGAUUUAUCUGCCUCUGGCGAUUCUGCUACAUAUUUGGACAAUUUGUACCAGGAAUGGAUACGGGAUUCUCAAUCUGUCAAUCCAUCUCUUCAAUCGUACUUUACGAGCUUAAAUGGUCCGUCUGUUUAUGGCGAGGCCAAACCAAAGUCUAAACCCGAUGAAUCGCCGUCUUCAGCAGCCUCUGCACUCCUUACGGCCGAGGCACUCAAAGUGGCCUCUCUUAUUCGGGCAUAUCAGCUCCGAGGGCAUGAGCUUGCCAAAUUGGAUCCGCUCGGCAUUUUGAACCCGAACCAAGCAAAUAUUUCUCCAGAGCUUGGAAUCUCCUUCUAUGGCUGGACGGAGGCUGAUUUGGAUAGGCCAAUUCAAUUGCCUCCUGAUGAGAUUUCUUUUUUUUCCGAUCCAAAUCCAACGCUUCGAAAGCUCAUUGAUGCACUUAAGGCGGUAUAUUGUGGAACAAUCGGAAUCGAAUACAUGCACAUUGCUGACAAGACGAUUUGCGAUUGGAUCAAAGACAGAUUUGAGAAGAUCAAAAAAUACGACUAUUCUUCUGAGAAGCGCCAGAAAAUACUUAAUAGGCUUUUGUGGGCAGAUUCUUUUGAACAGUUUUUUCACACCAAGUAUCCUGGAGAAAAGCGCUUCGGACUGGAUGGGUGUGAGGCCUUUAUUCCGGGAAUAAAGGCCUUGAUUGACCAUUCCGUUGACCUUGGCAUUACUAAUGUUGUCAUUGGGAUGCCACACAGAGGCAGGCUCAAUGUGCUUGUUGGGGUUGCUAAAAAAUCGGUCGCUUCUCUAUUUUGCGAAUUUAAUGGAGUUCACGACUACUCGGCUGGAGGCUCCGGUGAUGUAAAGUAUCAUCUUGGCAUGAAUUGCGAAAGGGUUUCCUCCUCCGGAAAAGCGUUCCACAUUUCGAUUGCUGCAAACCCAUCGCAUCUUGAGGCUGUUAAUCCUGUCGUUCAGGGAAAAGUCAGAGCGCUCCAGAAGGUCCUUGGUGAUUCCUCCAGAGAAAAGGUUUUGGGCGUUUUGAUCCAUGGCGACGCCGCCUUUUCUGGWCAAGGAGUCGUUUACGAGGCUUUAGAAAUG